CUGUUUUGUUUUCGCUUAAACGUUUAGUAGCUGCGAUAAAUUACAUUUUUCAGUAAAAACGGAGAAAUGGUGAAUGAUAAAAAGCGACGCUCGCGUUCUCGGGAACGCUACAGGGACGAGCGUCCCGUCGGCGCAGUCGAUAGAGACAGAGAGCGCGAACGAGAGCGUAACCGGGACAGAGAUCGUCUGAGGGAGAGAGAGCGAGAGCAACGCGACAGACAAUUCGAUAGGGGGGAGAAGGACAGACGCCACCGGCGCUCACGCUCCAGGGAGGAUCGUGCUAGACGCGUUGGUCGUUCGCCGGAGCGACAGCGUCCUGUACGUGAACGUUCUCGCGAGCGUGGAGCACGCAAUGGCGAGCCGGAAAAGAAGCCCAAAUUGGAUGCAUCAGCAACGUCAACUGCAAGCACGGCUGCUAAGCCAGAAGAUGAGCAGCAAGACGAGAAAACUGACGUGAAGGUAAAAAAGGAGCCGCUGUCUCUGGAGGAGCUGCUGGACAAGAAAAAGCGAGAGGAGCAGGCGCGCAGCAAACCCGUUUUCCUCACAAAGGAGCAGCGUGCCGCCGAGGCAAUCAAGCGACGGCAGGAGGAAGUGGAGCGUAUGCGUGCCGCGCAAGAUGCGGCCAGGGAGCAAAUGCAAUCGGCCAACAGCAAGUCAAUUGCAGGCAUUGCCACAGCGUCAGCACCUCCGCCCAUUUCCAUGCCGCCUUCAGCGCCCACAAAGUCAGAGAGACGCGAGCGCGGUGGAGAACGAGGAGAGCGUGGCGGAGGCGGUGGAGGCGGCGGCGGAGGAGAACGUGAUCGCGACAGAGACAGCAAGCGUGUCGAGGAUUUGACGCACAAGGACAAGGAAAAGGAGCUGGAAGCCAUACGCGAACGUUAUCUGGGCAUUGUGAAGAAGAAGCGACGUGUGCGUCGUCUCAAUGAUCGCAAAUUUGUGUUUGACUGGGAUGCUGGCGAGGAUACCUCCAUAGAUUACAAUAAUCUCUACAAGGAGCGUCAUCAUGUCCAGUUCUUUGGACGCGGCAACGUCGCUGGCAUAGACAUCAAGGAACAGAAGCGCACACAGAGCAAAUUCUACGGGGAUUUGCUGGAAAAGCGUCGCACCGAAGCGGAAAAGGAGCAGGAAAAGGUGCGACUCAAGAAGAUGAAGCGCAAGGAGGACAAACAAAAGUGGGACGAUCGCCACUGGUCCGAAAAGGAUAACGACGAGAUGACCGAACGUGAUUGGCGCAUCUUUCGCGAGGACUACAAUAUUACCAUCAAAGGCGGCAAAAUCCCCAAUCCAAUUCGUAGCUGGAGCGAGUCUGGUUUUCCACAAGAAAUCACUGACAUCAUCGACAGCGUGGGCUACAAGGAACCGACUCCCAUUCAGCGUCAAGCCAUUCCCAUUGGUCUGCAAAAUCGUGAUAUUAUUGGCGUGGCCGAAACAGGAUCGGGUAAAACUCUCGCUUUUCUCAUUCCACUGCUCUCGUGGAUUCAGUCGCUGCCGAAGAUUGAGCGCUUGGAGGAUGUGGAUCAGGGUCCAUAUGCCAUUAUAAUGGCGCCCACUCGCGAGUUGGCACAACAGAUCGAAGAGGAGACCAUCAAAUUCGGUCAACCGCUGGGCAUUCGCACCGUUGUCGUCGUCGGAGGCUUGUCCAGGGAGGAGCAAGGCUUCCGUUUACGCUUGGGAUGUGAGAUUGUCAUUGCGACGCCGGGUCGUCUGAUAGAUGUGCUGGAGAAUCGCUACCUGGUGCUGAAUCAGUGCACAUACAUUGUCUUGGACGAGGCGGAUCGUAUGAUUGACAUGGGUUUCGAGCCGGAUGUGCAAAAGAUUCUUGAGUAUAUGCCUGUGACCAAUCUCAAACCCGACACGGAGGAAGCCGAGGAUGAGAAGAAGCUUAUGGAGAACUUCUACUCAAAGAAGAAGUACAGGCAAACCGUGAUGUUUACGGCGACUAUGCCGCCGGCUGUGGAGCGCUUGGCACGCUCCUAUUUGCGUCGUCCUGCCACCGUUUAUAUCGGAUCCGUGGGCAAACCGACGGAGCGCACCAACCAGAUAGUUUACAUGAUGGGCGAGAACGACAAACGCAAGAAGCUCAUGCAGAUCCUCUCGGCGGGCAUCGAGCCGCCUGUCAUCAUCUUCGUGAACCAGAAGAAGGGCGCCGAUGUCCUGGCCAAGGGAUUGGAAAAGCUUGGUUACAAUUCCUGCACAUUGCACGGCGGCAAAGGACAGGAGCAGCGUGAAUAUGCAUUGGCAUCACUUAAAUCUGGCUCUAAGGAUAUAUUGGUUGCCACCGAUGUGGCAGGUCGUGGUAUCGACAUCAAGGAUGUCUCCCUCGUUAUCAACUACGACAUGGCCAAGUCCAUUGAGGAUUAUACACAUCGUAUUGGACGUACGGGACGUGCGGGCAAGACUGGCGUGGCCAUUUCUUUCGUCACCAAGGACGACAGUGCUCUCUUCUACGACUUGAAGCAGUGCGUCACCGCCAGUCCGGUUUCUGUGUGUCCGCCAGAGCUCACGAAUCAUCCGGAGGCGCAGCACAAGCCCGGCACAGUGGUCACCAAAAAGCGACGCGAGGAAAAAAUAUUUGCUUAAGAUAAUUGGACUGAUAACGUCUCGGUUUAAACAAUAAAAACAUAACAAAAUUAAAGAUAAAACUA